GGGUAUUUACAAAUUUCAGAGCAUUCUUGGAGCAAGUCUUCGUCGCAAUAGGCCAUCUUCGUCUACAUACUUGUCUAAUGGUCGUCAAGGACGUGAGGUUUCAGCUGCUACAGUAUCGAAUAUAAUCUCGCAACGUGGUUAUUCGACGAAUAAUCCGUUAGGCUUACGGUUAUUUAGCAGCACCAACAACAAACCAUGUACAAAACUUGAGCAGCCACUGCCUGCUACAAGUUCUUCUAAGCAGACCAUCUCUAAUUGGUAAUAAUAUUUCGUAUAUUUCCACUGACAUACAUUGUGUUCUCGCUAUGCCAUGCAUUGUUCUUUCCAUACCUCAGCAGGCACUUGUUAUUUCCAUUACAGGGUAAGAUGGAUUUUGGGCUCCCUUAUGUCCAUUUUGAUCCCUUUUUGGACGCACAAGUACUGGAGAAAACUGCAAAUGAUUGAAGGAGAGGCAGAGGUGGUGAUGGAAGAGGUUGACAAUGUAGCAAAAGUAGUAGAUAGAGUUGCCACUGCGGUUGAGAAAGUAUCAGCCGAUUUAGCAGAUAAACUACCAUCUGGUCAUACAAAACUAAAACAACUUGCUUUGCUGAUCGAACGCGUAUCCGAACUGGCUGCUCAUGAUGCUCAACUAACACAAGAAUUCAUUCACAAGGUGGAUGCACUGAAGCAAGACCUACGAGACUUGGAGAAGCUAGUGCAGCCAGUUGUUGAUGAGAUUGAAAGACAUUGAAUUCCAAGGAAACUACUCGCCUGUUCCAUUGACAGAGCAAAAAUAAUGGAAAUGUGGUCUGUGCAUACUAAUAUACUUGCAAAUUACAAUCCCAUUCUUUUGUACUAGCUAUGU